AUGGAUACUUAUAAAUCUAAAAAAUUAAAAAUUGAUCAAAGUGAUGAUGCUGGUGUAAAUAUAUUAUUGGGUUUAAGUAAAAAAUCCAGUCCAAUGAUUUCAACUCCAGUUUUGGGUUCAUUAUAUGGAAAAACUGGUUUUUCAUUUCCUUCUCCAUUAUCAAUAUCCUCUCCAAUUAAUUCAAACAUUCAAAGUUUACCAAGUCCUCUAUCGUUGUCCUCUUCAACAAAUACAACUCCUCACUUGGGUUCCUUAUCUUUAAAAAAUGGAUUUUCUUUACCAUCUCCACUUACAUUUUCUUCACCAAAUUUAUUAAAUGAUAACCAUUGUCCACCUUCUCCAUAUUUUUGUUUAGUGAAUUUAAGUGCCUCAAGUCCUUCAAUUUUUAAUAAUAAUUUAAGUAAUAGUAUUAAUAAUAGUAAUAAUAAUAAUGAUAAUAAUAUUAAUAUUAAUAAUAGCAAUAAUAUAAAUAAUAAUAAUAAUAAUAAUAAUAAUAAUAAUAAUAAUAAUAAUAAUAAUAAUAAUAAUAAUAAUAAUAAUAAUAAUAAUAAUUAUAAUAAUAAUAAUAAAGCUAAUUAUUUAAUAAAUAAUCCAAAUCAACAAAAUAAUAUUUCAUUGGUAAACCCACCAUCCCCAAUUUUAUUAAAUUCAUUAAGUUCUUCACCAAAUAUGUCAGGCGAAAAUGAACUUUUACCACCCUCAACACCCUCAUCACCAAUAAAUUCAAACCCAAUAAUAAAGGUUACAAAUCCAACAAAUAAAACAAAUACUAAUUGCACAUUGAAUUAUUGUAAACUUUGUAAAUGUGGAACACCCGAGUUCCUUAUUAAAAAUACAACAUGGGGUCAUAUAAUGAGAGUUGUAUUUUCAUGUUUAAAAUUAAAUGAUCCUGAAAAAGAUUUUUUUAAUUUAAAAAAAGAAGUCUAUGGAUUUAUGACAUCUCAUUGGGAAUUAUUAAGUGUUUCUGGUGAUAAAAAAAAAAAUAAGGAUAUUGAUUUUUUUUUUUUUUUUUUUGUUUUUUUUUCUCUAAAAAUAGAAACUGAUAAUUGGCAUAAACAAAUUCAAGAUAUGUUAAGUCAUUCAAAAGAUAUUUUUGAAAGUGGUAUGUCAGCAUUACAACAAAAUGGUUAUUGGAGAUUAAAAAAGUAUGAAGUUGACUAUUGGACCUUCAAAAAAGAAAAGGUUACAAGAACAAAUAAAAGAAAACAAAGAGAGUUAAAGAAUCAAGUUGAUAACGAAACCAUUAAUAAAAUGUUUAUGGAAGCCAUUUUAAAAAAAGUGGAUGUUGAUAAAGAGAAAAUCGAUGAAAAUUUAAUUAAAAAUUUUAUUUUAAAAGAAUUUGGAGUCCCUAAUUUUAAAAAAAAAAAAAAAAAAAAAAAAAAAAAAAAAAAAAAAACUAAACAUUGUAAAUAA